AUGGCUCAAGUAUGCGCAUCAAGAGCAGAGCCAUGCAAGCUACAGGGCAAACGCCGCUCCAUGUCCAUCAAAACCACCACAUCGCCAGUCGACCCCGAAGACUCCGAUAAGCUUCACUUCUCACCCCUUGUACCAGACUUAUCUAUCGCACACAAGGCUAUGAUCCACGAGAGUUUCACGCGUGGCCUGCAGCAAGGGUAUGAGCGCGAGAUGGCAAACGCAGAGCUCCGAGAAAGUAUGUCCUCGACGUGUAGACGGCGGGAUGAAUUGAAUCAAUCGCGAAAGUGCUCUUAUUUGGCAAAGCAGCAGACUCUUGAUGACAGGGAGUCAAAUCUAUCGAGGCAAGAGUCGAAGCGCAAAAAGUUCGGCAGAAUCGUCAAGGCUAUAUUUGUCAAUGAACAGACCCCAAAGACGAGAGGAAGACCUAUCAUGCAACAUCAAAACAGCUAUGAGCUAUCGCUCGCAAAGCAGCUUGCAGAGUAUCAAGAGAUUGAAGAUACCACAAGUCUUUGUCAACAUGAUUCGUACGGGGAGCGAGACUUGGCAAGGAUGUGA